GGGGACAAACCUCAACUGAUGAAUUGGGAGAAAUAUGGUCUAAGGAUCGGAGUACAGAAAGAGAGCUUACUGUCCUCUGAGACAGUAGAAGCAGCAGUGGUUGCUCUUGUAGGAGGACAGUUCCAGUUUCCUCCUAAUACUGUCCUAGUGAGUGCUGUGUAUGCAGUAUCACUCUCAAAGCCUCUCCUCAAACGACUCAAGUUAGAAAUACAGCACUGCGUUGAUUUAAAAGGACGACCAGCUCUUAGUCGUCAUCUUAAGUUUGCCAUAGCUCCCGUGAGCACACCCAGUCUUCCUUACCUCUUCUCAAUAGUUGAGGGAGGAGAGUUUAGCUCUAAUAGUGGGUAUGGAUUCAUUGAACGUAAAGAGUUCUGUUUGGUUUGCAUACUGGGAGAAGAAUGGACUAAUGGAAGAAGUGAUGAUCAUGAUGAUGAUAAUAUUGACAGUGAUGAUGAUGAUGAUACCAGCAGUACAGGACAACCAGGGGCUAGCGGAGCAUGUAAAGAGUCUACUAAAGAGACUAACCUCCCAACCAAUACAGUGUCUGUUGCUGAUCCUACUACUACACCAAACACUGAUCAUGUUAACAUACUGCAGUCCACUGGUGUAAAGGAGGCUAUGACAUAUGCUGGUCUUAUUUAUUAUGAAGAGAAAGGUGUAGAGGAUUUGGUCACAUUUGCUGCAGUCAGAGACUUGAACACUCUCAUUGAGUUUAUUAAAAGUGAUUCUCCUAGAGCUGAGAGAGGACAGCAUGUUUAUUUUUGUUUCAAAGAUAAUGAUGGAUGUAUUGAGCUAAAGUUUGGUACUGAACAAGAGAAGGAUAUUACUGGUUGGACUAUUGACCCUCACAUGAAACCAUGCAGGUUACAUCGACAUAUUGUUAACAAAUUCGGUGAAGCUAAUUAUCCUCUUCCUCCAUCUUGUCUGAUAUCAGUUUAUGGAUCACCUGGUGCUGUCCCUACACUACAUUAUUCCAUACCACUGGAAGGUGUGGCUGAUCCUAUCCUACUACCUCCUCCUCUAAUGUAG